AUGACGGUGGAAAGAACAUGCUGAUAGAUUCAUGGACCACCUUCCUGAAGGCAAGGCUGGUCUGCGGACACCCCAGAGACCCUAAGCGCUUUCAUCGUCUCCGGGACGCCUUUCUCCUCAAAGAAGGCCGGACACUCUACGGAGUGUUCUCCAACACAUGGGGCAAAACGGCCGUUUGCAAGUAUUCGAUGAACGAGAUCAGUUCUGCCUUCAAGACAUCUAAACUGAGGGGAUAUACGGGCUCCUUAUCCGGCAGCAGACCUGGAAUGUGCGUUGCAUCUAGCGCCCAAACUCCCAAAACCACCCUGACCAUCAUUAAGGACCACCCCGAAAUAGAGACGGUCAUCUACCCAGAGGGACAGCGUCCCCUUUACCUUCUUGAGAACAAUGAAACCUACACCCAGGUUGUGGCCGACAGGGUGCGAGAUGCCAGCAACACCACUCGGAUGUCCUCUUCCUUGGAACAGGAAAAAUUUCCCCAGAAUCAAGGGAAGAUCCACAAGGUCCUUCAAAAGGGAGAGCAGACGGUGAUCAUCGCGGAGCUAAGCCCCUUCAAGAAAGAAGCGCCCGUCUCUUCCAUGGUCUUGGACACAACUAUGGGUCACCUGUACGUGAGCACCGAGUUCGAGGUGGCGCGUCUCUCGCUGGCAGACUGCGACCAGUACAAAGACACCUGCUGGAACUGCGUCCUGGCCCGCGACCCGUAUUGCGGGUGGAACCCCAGCGGCCUCGCUUGUUCGGCCGUCUCUCAAGUUGGAAACUACAGUGGCAGGUACGCCAGGGAAGCGGACAACAACAACACCUAUUACGAAAGCCAUUCGCUCAAAACCAACGCAGCAAACAUUGUCCCCGCGUUCCCGUCUCAAACCGCCGUGACCAUCGCAGUAGAUGGCAACCUGUAUUCGGCAUUGUCGGGAAGCAAGAGCACCAUCCAGAGGAGCUAUGGAAACAAAAAGCUGAUCAAGACCGAAGACAAUUGGCUGACCCGGGUGGAAUUCGUCAGCGCCGCCCUGCUGGCGGAGAGAAAUCAAGUCAACGAUGAAAUUUACUUCUUUUACAAUGAGGUUAACCAGAGCGCUGGCUUGGAUGAUGAACCAUACAAAGCUCAACUCGGGCGUGUGUGCAAGGCAGAUGACGGUGGAAAGAACAUGCUGAUAGAUUCCUGGACCACCUUCCUGAAGGCAAGGCUGGUCUGUGGACACCCCAGAGACCCUAAGCGCUUUCAUCGUCUCCGGGACGCCUUUCUCCUCAAAGAAGGCCGGACACUCUACGGAGUGUUCUCCAACACAUGGGGCAAAACGGCCGUUUGCAAGUAUUCGAUGAACGAGAUCAGUUCUGCCUUCAAGACAUCUAAACUGAGGGGAUAUACGGGCUCCUUAUCCGGCAGCAGACCUGGAAUGUGCGUUGCAUCUAGCGCCCAAACUCCCAAAACCACCCUGACCAUCAUUAAGGACCACCCCGAAAUAGAGACGGUCAUCUACCCAGAGGGACAGCGUCCCCUUUACCUUCUUGAGAACAAUGAAACCUACACCCAGGUUGUGGCCGACAGGGUGCGAGAUGCCAGCAACACCACUCGGGAUGUCCUCUUCCUUGGAACAGAUCAAGGGAAGAUCCACAAGGUCCUUCAAAAGGGAGAGCAGACGGUGAUCAUCGCGGAGCUAAGCCCCUUCAAGAAAGAAGCGCCCGUCUCUUCCAUGGUCUUGGACACAACUAUGGGUCACCUGUACGUGAGCACCGAGUUCGAGGUGGCGCGUCUCUCGCUGGCAGACUGCGACCAGUACAAAGACACCUGCUGGAACUGCGUCCUGGCCCGCGACCCGUAUUGCGGGUGGAACCCAAGCGGCCUCGCUUGUUCGGCCGUCUCUCAAGCUGGAAACUACAGUGGCAGCUUGCUUCAAAGCCUGGAUCCGCAGUCCACAGAUGUGUGCAAAGGCGUCGAAGAACAAAAGUCCCAGGAGGCUCUCAAGAAAGUGAGCGUGGACCCCACCGGCUACAUCUACUUACCCUGCCCCAUGCGAUCCCACCACGCCACCUACACGUGGGUCAAGGAUGACUCCACGACAUACUCGUGCUCCAUGGAUGGGGAGUCCUGCACCCUUCGUUUUGGGGAGGCCACCCCCAUGGACAAGGGUGUCUUCAAAUGCACCUCCAAAGAAGAAGGCUACCGGGAGGAGAUAACGGCUUACGAGGUCACGCUUAACGUCGGCUGGAUCCCCAAGGUCUCCUCGGUGCUGGUUGCCACGGGCGUCUUGUUUCUGGCUGUUACGAUCCUCCUCUUGUAGACUGAACUCGUGGGUAGGAGCAAAGCCCGUUCACACUGCCAACGAAUCGUCUUUCCUCCCCCUCCACACACCUUUUAAAUC